AGGGAGGGCGGCACUUCCGAGAGGUUCAGGUGGUUGGGCAUUUGUUUCCUGUGAUUGAAGCUCCGGAACAGUUGCUAUGUUUUCACGAGAGUACAUUUGCAAAGCUGUAUGCUAUUUGUUUGCCUCAACGCCCGUUUCAAGUGUUAUGGAUUGAUUUGUGAAGCUUAGUGUGCAGGGAUUUUCUGCAAGGUAAUCAUGUCGUUUCAUCCAGGACGAGGUGGAGUUGCACACACGGGCAACAGCACCAUUCCUAAAGUUGGGGGGGCUCGAGGAAGGGGAACCCCUGGAAACAGAAUGCCUCAACAGAGCUAUCAGUCUGGAAAUUUCCAAGCAUCCCAGCUGCAGCAGCCCCCGCCGUUUUUCCCCUAUGAGCAGCAAGUUGCCCCUCCACCCCUGCCUCCACCGCCCCCUCCUCCUCUCCCUCCUAGGUUUCCAAACCCUCCCAAUACAGCUUACGCUCCACCAGGCUUCAUGCCCUACCCGCCCAACGUUCCUCAGACCAGCGAGCUGGACAACCGCCAGAAUGCCAUCCAGCAGUGCCCGGCACGCCCCAGGGCACCGUUUCCCAGCCCCCCUGUGCGCCAGGGCUACCCCGCUUUGCCUUGCUUUACUCAAACACCCGCCUUGCCAAAUGCUGCAACCAUGGUCCCGGGCUCUCUGGAUAGGCAAGCAGGGUUCCACCACCACAUGAUGCCGUCAGUCCCCACACAGCCCCCUCCACCCCUCGUCCCACCCCAGCAGAUGAAUUAUCAGACUCCCUACUCGAUGGGUUACUCGCAGCACUACCCGCUCCAGCAGUUUUCCAGCAGUUACCCCCCCGCCCAGGGGCCCAGCGGAUACCAGCAGGGCCCCAUCCCCGCUGUCUACCAGCAGAACUCCCCGUCCCAGCCGCUCGACCACUUCCACCACAAGCAGCCCUACCCCACCAAGAGCCGGCACUCGCCCGAGCGAAACCGCCAGCACGAGCUGCACCGCCGGGGGCAUGCCGACCGCAGCCACAGUGAGAGGCGGAGGUCAGCGUCUCGUGGAGAGCGCAGGACCAGGAGUCCGGAGCGGCGGCGGGGGGAGGGCAGUCGCCGCAGGCCCAGCCGCGAGCGAGGGAGAUCCCCGCCUCGGCUCAGGGACCGAGAUCACAGCAGGGAGAGACACAAAUAUCCUGAAAACUACAGAUCCCCAUCCUAUGAAAGGCAGCACAGAAGAGAGAGGAAAAGGACGCGCAGCCACUCAAGUAGCCGAGAAAAGAAGCGGCCUCACUGGGAGGGUGAGAGAGACCGAAGAUCUGGGCACAGUUCCAGUAAGGAGAAAUCCCUUCCAGUCAGUCGCAGCAAAGAGGCAGAAGAGAUCACGUCUGUUGAAAAAAUGGAUGAAGAGCGAGAGGAGGAAGACACGCUAAAUACAAAGACAGCCUGGAUACGAUGCACCCACUCUGAAAACUAUUACUCCAGUGAUCCCAUGGAUCAGGUGGGAGAUUCCACUGUAGUUGGCACAAGUAAACUACGAAAUCUUUAUAAAAAGUUUGAGGAGGAACUUGGACAGAGACAAGAAAAGGCCAAAGCUGCUAGACCAGCCUGGGAACCACCAAAGUCUAAACUUGAUGAAGAACCAGACGAUAGCUCCAGUGACUCUGGCUGUGAUUCGGAUGCUGAAAGCAGUGGGAGCAGCUCGUGCAGCUCAGAUUCGGAGAUUAUUGACGUCAUUGAAGAAAUCAAACGUCGAAAGGCACAUCCUGAUCGCCUGCAUGAGGAGCUGUGGUACAAUGAUCCAGGCCAGAUGAACGAUGGCCCACUGUGUAAGUGCAGUGCCAAGGCUAAGCGAACUGGGAUCAGACACAGCAUUUACCCUGGUGAAGAGCAAACUGAAGCAUGCCGUCCCAUGACUAAUAAUGCAGGAAAAUUAUACCACUAUCGAAUUACAGUUUCUCCACCGACCAACUUCUUGACUGAUAGACCAACUGUAAUAGAGUACGAUGAUCAUGAAUACAUUUUUGAGGGGUUUUCCCUCUUCUCUCACACUCCUCUCAAUAAUAUUCCUUUAUGUAAGGUUAUACGUUUCAAUAUUGACUAUACUAUUCAUUUCAUGGAAGAAAUGAUGCCAGAGAAUUUCUGUGUGAAAGGAUUGGAAAUGUUCUCCUCGUUCUUAUACAAGGAUGUUUUGGAACUGUACGACUGGAAUAUUCUUGGUCCAGUAUUUGAGAGUGGAGCUGCAUCCUGCCCAAGAUUUCAUUUUCUCCCCCGUUUUGUGCGAUCAAUUCCCGAUAGUGGGAAAGAAGUACUGUCCAUGCAUCAGGUGUUGCUUUACCUGCUGCACAGCAACAAACCUCUUGUUCCCGAGGAGGAGAUUGCCAAUAUGCUGCAGUGGGAGGAGUUGGAUUGGCAGAAGUACGCCGAAGAGUGCAAAGGCAUGAUCGUGACCUACCCUGGCAUGAAACCCAGCUCAGUUCGCAUUGACCAGUUGGACCGGGAGCAGUUUAAUCCUGAGGUCAUCACUUUUCCAAUUAUCGUGCACUUUGGGAUUCGGCCUGCUCAGCUCAGCUACGCCGGGGACCCACAGUACCAGAAGCUUUGGAAGAGUUACGUUAAAUUGCGGCAUCUGCUAGCAAAUAGCCCAAAGGUCAAGCAAGCAGAUAAGCAGAAGCUGGCUCAGCGAGAGGAAGCCUUGCAGAAGAUACGUCAGAAGAAUACCAUGCGACGUGAGGUGACAGUAGAACUGAGCAGUCAAGGUUUCUGGAAGACUGGUUUACGUUCUGACGUCUGCCAGCAUGCCAUGAUGUUGCCAGUGUUGACCCAUCACAUCCGAUACCAUCAAUGUCUCAUGCACCUGGAUAAGCUAAUAGGCUACAUGUUCAAAGAACGCUGUUUGCUCCAGCUGGCAAUGACCCAUCCAAGCCACCAUCUGAAUUUUGGAAUGAAUCCAGACCAUGCAAGAAACUCUUUAUCAAACUGUGGUAUCCGACAGCCCAAGUAUGGAGACAGGAAGGUUCAUCACAUGUACAUGAGGAAGAAAGGCAUAAACACCUUGAUAAAUAUUAUGUCACGCCUUGGCCAGGAUGAUCCAACUCCUUCAAGGAUUAACCACAAUGAACGACUAGAAUUCUUGGGAGACGCAGUGGUUGAAUUUUUAACGAGUGUCCACCUAUACUUUUUAUUUCCGAAUCUGGAGGAAGGUGGAUUAGCUACCUACCGCACUGCAAUCGUGCAGAACCAGCACCUUGCUAUGUUGGCUAAGAAACUGGAAUUGGAUCGUUUUAUGCUGUAUGCCCAUGGACCUGACCUCUGCAGAGAAUCAGACCUGCGUCAUGCCAUGGCUAAUUGUUUUGAAGCCCUAAUAGGUGCUGUGUACUUGGAGGGUGGUCUGGAAGAAGGCAAGAACUUAUUUGGUCGACUGCUGUUCAAUGGCAUGGAUCUACGCGAUGUGUGGCUUAAUUACCCACUUCAUCCUUUACAACUGCAGGAAUCAAAAUCAGACAGGCCUUUGAUUGACACGUCUCCUGUUCUGAAGAAACUGACAGAUUUUGAAGAGACAAUUGGAGUGAAUUUUAUCCACAUUCGGCUCCUGGCACGAGCCUUCACUUUGCGCACUGUUGGAUUUAAUCAUCUAACUCUGGGUCACAAUCAGAGGAUGGAAUUCCUUGGAGACUCCAUAAUGCAAUUGGUAGCUACUGAAUACUUAUUCAUACACUUCCCUGACCACCAUGAGGGCCACUUAACGCUAUUGCGAAGUUCUCUGGUCAACAACCGCACACAAGCCAAAGUAGCAGAAGAACUGGGUAUGCAAGACUUCGCUAUCACCAAUGAUAAGACCAAAAGACCUGUGGCACUCCGAACCAAGACCCUCGCCGACCUGUUGGAAUCUUUCAUAGCUGCACUUUACAUCGACCAGGACUUGGACUAUGUCCGCACUUUCAUGAAUGUCUGCUUUUUCCCAAGAUUGAAGGAGUUUAUACUGAACCAGGAUUGGAAUGACCCCAAGUCCCAACUACAGCAGUGUUGCCUGACCCUCAGAACAGAGGGGAAAGAGCCUGAUAUUCCUCUGUACAAAAUUCUUCAGACAGUAGGACCAUCCCAUGCCAGAACAUAUACUGUAGCUGUGUAUUUCAAGGGAGAGAGGAUCGGAUGUGGUACAGGUCCAAGCAUUCAACAAGCAGAAAUGGGAGCUGCCAUGGAUGCAUUGGAAAAAUAUAACUUUCCCCAGAUGGCUCAUCAGAAGCGCUUCAUUGAACGGAAAUACAGACAGGAGUUGAGAGAAAUGAGGCGGGAAAAAGAGCGACAGGAGAAGGAUCCCACUGAGACUGAGGAAAGCAGAAAAUAAACGAGGACAUGAAAACUGUGGCAUAUUUACCUUCUUAAACAACUGCAAUUCCAGCCACAUAUGCCUUUGGGGACAUAACCUAUUUUUAAUGUGAAAGUGAAUGAGGAGCCGAGAAAGGCGUUACGCAAGACCAAGAGACAGUAUUCUGUCUUAGCUUUGAGGUAUGAAACCCACACACCUGCUGAGAAGGCAUUGCAAUGGGGCAGACAAUUUUAUACUUUCCGAAUAAGUCUCAUUUUAAUUUGAAUUACUGCCUUUGAAAUUUGUACAUUCAUUUUGUAAUUUUAAUUUUCAAACCAGCUGAUUGUUUACUUGUUGCUUUCGUUACAUUUAUGCAAAAAAAAAGUGCUUUUUGUCUGCAACUCAAACUCUAUAAUACUUUGUUAAUAAAAUACCUCAUUAUAAAUGAAGGGCACCUCCGUGUGUCAAUACAGCUGUGUCCUGAAAAAUGCAUGAUAGCUGGCAAAGGAAUAUUUUGCUUUGAUUCAGGGACCCUUCAAGCCUUUCACAAAAAUAAUUUUGUGAAUAAAUCUUUGCACCAUGUCCUGUUAAAACAUUCAAUGCCACCAUUUAGUAUAAACACAGAUUGCAUUGGUAUCACCUUCAAUCUGCACAUUUCACAUUGGUAACACUUUAAGAUGUGCUGCUUCAUGUAAUUAAUAUUUGACUGUCGACUGAUUUUAUUAUAUGCACCAGGAUCAAAAUGUGAUUGAAUCAGUACUUGGUAUUGUUAAGUGUUACAAACCCCACAUUCGGCACAUCGUGACUGGGAAUUGAUGUGUUACACGGGUGUGUUCUUUAGUAUGAUUAAAUUAAUGUUUGCCAUCAGA